UAUUUUAGUCAACUUAAAAUACAAGUUGAUGGUAGAGUUCAUACAACAAUUGCCCCGUAUUCUCACUUAUUCAGGAAUAAUCAUCUAAUGUAAUUUUCUUUUUGUAUUUUAUUUGACAACAUAUAGUUUAGAAAGGCAGGAGACCUUAGGAAAGGUUGACAUGGUUUAACAAUCCCUAGACACAAUUAUCCUAAAUAUUUUGUUCUGUAUUUUCAGUAUUCACUGUAGCAUCCUUGUUUAGCCACUACUGUAGCUGGGGGUUACUGUAAAUGAGCAGGCAUUUGUUUUUUUUUUGGACAAUUCUUCAAAAAAAGAAGAAAAAGGAGGGGGGGUAAGAUUAUGUAAAAACUUUCAUUUUCAAUUUGAAACUUGUUUGAUGUGCAUUUACCACAAUUCCUCGAGGCUUGGAAACAAUUUUCCAUCUUAAUUUCUAACUUUUCCAUGACCUCAACAAUUCAGUGGGUGAUCACUCUGUGCACAUAAAUUCUAAAAUAAACACGUUCAUACAUAUGUGCAUAUACAAAUAUACACAAUAUACAGGCAAAUUGUUUAGCUUUUAUUUGUGGUGUUAUUAGAGACGCUUCAAAGAAAAUGUGGGAAAUGUGGAGCUCGUAUAUUUAAUGGUUCAGUCCUUGCAUAGCCUACAUACUGCUUGGCAGGCAACAGGAUCUUGCCUUCAGCCUAUAAGCCAGCUAUAAUGUGUGCUUGUAAAAAAAAAAAGAAGGAAAAAAAAUCCCUCUCUUAUCGAUUCUGCCUCCAACAUAGCAACUGGUCGCUGAUUGGCUGACGCGCGGCAUGUUCCCGGCCGCCCAUUGGCUGAUCGGGUAGCGUGGAAACGGUGGAAUCGGACGGAGACAGAGGGGAGGAGAGAGGCGAUUGGCUGCGGCCAAACUGAAAGCGAAAACCUCUUUUCCUGAAAGCCUGCGAGACAGUUGAUGGUGUGUGUAUUUUAGGCGUGACUCCAAAGGUAAUUCGUCCUGCUCCCCCAACCCCCCAGCCAGGACUUAUUUAAAUUGAGAACUAUAAAGCACAAUUACUAAGAAUUUAAACGAGCGAGGCCUGCUGACGAGGAAGGAGAGAGGGAGGAAAGCAGAGACGGUCUGUUCUUUUGGACACUCACGCAGGCUGAGGGUGACUCAGCGUUGGUACAGUCUGUCCAGUCUGUCCAGUCUAUCUCCCCUGCAUCUGGUCCAUCCGAGCAGAGCAUGCAUGCCGCCUGUCCACCAGCUCUCUAUGCUGACACAGUGUGUCCUCCAGUCCCCUCGCGGCCUCCUGUCUCUGCUUACCCAAGGAUAAGCUCAUCAGACUACAAUGGCUCCAUGGAGACAGAGGUGUAUACACAAAGAAGCUGCUAAUAUCACCGAAUCCUUGCUGUUAAAGAAUCACUUUGACUACAACAUGUCGGACUUCCUUCGGCUGAUCCUCCUGCUGGGAGCUACAUUGAGAGUUCAGCUGCCGUGACCUCUGACCCCUGGCUGGCAUCUUAUGUAAGGAGCUGGUUAAGGAAAGCACACGGGGGUGCAUCCCGUGGUCUCUUGCGCCAGGUUAGGUAAGCUCAUUAACACUUACUACCAGGACGCUAAAGAUAACAACAACAGCUACAAAUAAACCUCGGUAGUGGGAAGACUAAAGCAUAGAAGCGAUAAGACUAGAUGAAGGUGUCGGCCUCUAAAUAUUCCUUGUUUUAAGGCUCGGGGAUGUUUUCAACGUGGUUGUCACGGUGAUACUGAAACUGACACUUGCUGUACAUUAAACAAACAGUAUGAGGUGGUGUGCGGGGUUUGUGUGUCUGCAUCCGAUUACACUCACCUCGCUGACAUACAAUAGUCUCUUGGCGUUGGAGAACAGAGACUACGCACCAUGUGUAAGGCUAAUGGCCAAAUUUGAAUUUGUUCCUCUUUUUAAAAGUACAUGACCUCCACUGUAGAAACAUCACUCCCCCCAAUACAGACACACACACACACACACACACACACAUACGCACACUACCCUCUAACUGCCUUCCCCAUCUGUCCUUUCUCUAUGAGGGAGAGGGUGAGUCACUCUGCUCCAGCAGCCCAGUGCGCAGCCAUUAAAGCAGCUGAAUAAUCACACCGUCGCUUUCACCAAAGCAUCUCCGUUUUCCUGCCGAAGUGAAACACUCACAUCACAUCACAGACGCAGGAAUAGUUUGUCCUUUGCCGCUCUCUCUUUCUUCCAGGCUACAGUGUGAGACCCCUCCUCCCAGUGAGUGUUAUGAUUACAGCUGACAGUGUGUACUCUGCGGUGGUAGACACACUGUCGUCCUCCAGUGUGACACAUUUUUUAACAAUAGAAACAAUCUUGCAGUUGUGUGGAGUCAAUAUAAUCCUCUUUUGUUUCCAUAGUGCUAGAGACAGUAGUUUUCGUCUAACUGCCUCUUGAAGAAAAAAAAAUCUGUCUGUCUUCAGAGUUUUUCCACAGAACAAAAUCCGCCCCACUAAAAUUAGACAAAUGAUUUCCUCUUGGCGUCCUUGUGUUUUUAGGUCUAACUGCAGGCUUUGACAGUGCAGACCACAUUAUUCCCGUCGCAUUGGCUAAAGUGCAAAGUGUCUCUCUGGUCCUGCUUUGGACUGCGGUCCCUCAUAUUUAUCUGAUACAAACCUUACGUGCAGCUUCCAGCGGGAAUUCAUGCUCAUCUUCAUCUUCUAUAUCCUGCAGGCUACCCUAAGGCUUAGUGUGCCCCAUUUAUGCUUAUUAUUAAAAAAAACAAAAAACAUCUUUCCUAUUAUAAUGUCAUUGAUAUCUAAUUUAAUCUCCCUUUAAAGCCCAUAAAAAACUGGUUUCAAAUUUCAUGUGUAUCUGUAUAAUAUCAUCUAAAAUAAAUAUUCAUGCCCUAAUAAGCAACCACCCUACCUUAGAAAAAUGGGCCUUUAAAGUUCAAUAAUGCAAAUAGUUGAUCAUAUUUCAGUAACUGCCUCGAGGACAUGAAGUAUUGGGUGGCUCAGGGCUUUCUCCAGCUGAAUAAAUAAAUCAGAAGUUAUUUAAUUCCACCAAACUCUACCUUGGUUAUAACUUAAAGGUGCCCUGUGGUGCUUUAUUGAAAACACAAAGUUUCUGUUUAUAUUAAGGCUGCGUCCGCACUCCUACGUUUUCAUUUGAGAAUGGUGUUUUAAAACAAACACAAUCUCUGUCCAGACGAUCGUUUAAGUUCCGUAUCAGAAACGAUCUGACCAUACAAACACACCUGAAUAUGCACAUCAGAUGACCAUUCACCUAAACUGGGCAUGCGCGUACCGGUGUAAACAGGAAGCAGGUUGUCUACUCUGCAGUUGGGUAGUUGCAGAAAAUACUAAGUAAAGUAAAAAAGGCAGUUGUAGCAUUAAAAUGCAGAAUUUAACUGCACAACAGCUGCUAGCAAAGACAACAAGGUCAGUGACCCUUGUAACUUGUUAUCCAUCUUGCUUUCACCACUGGUAGUCGAGGCUGAUACGACCCAAUAGGAAAGCAAAACGAGUGUCUGCGUCGUUGUUUCUAAAAGUCUCAGUCUCUGCCGGUCCAGGCUACAACGCAACACUGGAGAUUUCAAACUAAAACGGGAACGGCAGAGUUUCCAGAAGUCUCCAUUCUAGCCGUUCGUAGUUGUAAAGUGAUGCGUUUCCGAUGUAGCGUCAGUGUCAGCCUCAUUCAACACGUCAAAUACGUUUCUUUCCUCAUAAAACAAAUUUACAAAACAGAUUUUUUGUUUGGAUAAUUUUGAAACUUGCAUUGUUUACAUCCAUGUUUAGUUGCUAGCCGUCUUCUUUCAUUGCUGCAUUUCUUUAACACCGCCUGUAGAUCAGAGCAAGAGUGUGAAACCCUUGGCAGGAAUGUGUAGAGCGUCACCCGUAUGUUCAUGCAAAUGCACAUGAACAAACAAAUCCGCCGCCCACUCGCAAAAACCUGGUUUUGUAGCUCUACUAGUAACACAUUGUUCCUCUUACAUUGAACCAUUUACAAAAAAUGUGUAAUACUUUGAUUUAGCAUUGAAACUUGCUGAGUUCAUUUAGAAUGAGAAUGUUUUCUUUUUGUGACUCAGUGACGUCAUAUCCCAAGACAUCAAUGACUUUAUAUUGUGGUAGCACUUAGGCUUUUAUGUUUAACAUCCACAACUGUCCGAACCGCGACAGCAAAAUAACAAAAUCAGAAAAGAAGUUAUUGUUUGUUGUUUCCUCCAUUCACUGCUCCCCUUUUAUUUGCGGCGUCUUUGUAUAAAAAAGCUCUGCAUGUUCUUAUCCCAGCAUAUAUGUGUCUAAAAAUCCUUUCCCCAAGAAACCUGAGGCCCUUUUAUCUGGGCUUUCAUCUGUCACACAUUCAAGGACAAAAUCAUAUGGUUCAGUAGCUGCUUGAAAAUCAUGGAAUCCCUUUUCCUUUUCUGUUGGAUUUUUUUCAGCCUAUUCAAGAUUUCCACAAAGGACUUAAAACACUCUUCCCCUUUUCGGCUUUUAAACAGUGUCUGACCUCUUGUUUUCGUCCCGUGUUCGUCCGUAUAUCUGUGCGAGAAUGACGUAUUUGAACAACGUUUUUGCUCAAAUGCCCUAAAUAUAUAUAUAUAUAUAAAAAACUUGCAUCAGAUUUCAGGGAUUGUACAAAAAUGUCCAUUAACAAACAUAAAUAUAAGGGAAUUCUGCAAUUGAUUUUUUCUAACGCAGAUCAGAGUGAACAUUUAGAUGCACUCUGGUUAAAAUAUAAGAUAUUUUGCUAAAUAGUUCAUUGUAUCAUGUGAGACCUUGUAUAAUAUGUAUGCAGUUGACUGUGGAGUGUCUGCUUGAGGCAAGCCGAGAGGUGCUAAGGCAUCAGGGGACAGCAGCCAUGUGACCAUGGUUGCAGGGAUUGGUUUAGUGCAGAUGUGACAUCAGCGAGCCUCCCACUCCCUCCCUCCUCCCCUCUCUCUCCCAGUCUUUCUCUUCCUCUCUGCCUCUCUCUCUCUCUCUCUCUCUCUCUGUACCGCUCUGUUUUUUUUUUCUCCCUUUGCCUUUCCUCAGCAUCCCCCCCUCUCAGAGAUGGCGUGUGUCGGUGCUGCUCGGGCGUCCGGGGCCUAACGCUCACACUGAGAGGACCCCCUUCCCCCCGGAUCUGCUGCAUAUUCCUCGGUUGUCUGUUCUCACUGUGUCCUCCGCCGCUGCUGCUGCCUUUCAGCUCUGCCCCCACCCCACCUCCCUGUGCGGGUGUCUGGGGCUUGGGCCCUUGGGGGUGGAGGGAAUCAACAUCGUGCUUCGCUGGGGAGCUGUGCAGAAUUAGCUAUGCCCUGCCCAGGCAUCCUUUGACCGACUGGAUUUCUCCAUUUCUGUUCGCCUGCACACCGGAGGGCAACGUAGGAUGAAAAUCUGCAAUCAUGAUGCAAGGACUGAAAAACCGAACCAGGAAAGCCCUGGGUUUACGAAAGAAAGACAAGGAUUCAGACACAACGAGCUCACCUGACCAAGAAGGAACCGGAAGUGGAAAGAAAGGAAAUAAAAAGGCCAAUGGGGCUCCCAAUGGUUUCUAUGGGGAGAUUGACUGGGACAGAUAUGCCUCCCCUGACGUGGAUGAGGAGGGGUUCAGCCUCCGGCCCGGUGACGAGGGCGAUGCAGCUUCCAAAGGAAAGCACUUUUUCUCCUCCAGUGACUCAGAAGACGACGAGGACAGCAAGAAAAAGUUUAAAAUUAAGAUCAAGCCACUGGUGGCGGACAGUGCCAAGUGUGUCCCUCCAUCUAUGGACGAGCUAAAAGCCUCAGUGGGAGGCCUGGCACUCUCUCCAUCUCUGAGGAGAAGUCCGAGACGCAGCCCGGGACUGAUAAAAAGGAAUUUGUCCUGUGAGGAGAUCGCCAGACCCAGACGCUCCACCCCUACUCCAAGUCCUGCCCCUGAGAUGCUGAGUGACAGGCUCUCACAGAACGUCCCUGCCUUCUUUGGGCUGCCUUCAGAGACCAAAUAUGCCAGAUAUGAUGUGGUUCCUACUGAUGUAUGGGUAGACUCAAGACCGCGGUCAGAAUCACCGCUGAGCAGAAGUUUCCCGACAGGAGCUCCUCCUCCGCUUCCUCCAAAAAACAUUCCAUCGAGAAGUCAGUACGGCUAUCCUUCAGACUCCGCUGGAGUCAUUGCAGCUGAUCUACCCAAUGGAAGAGCAGCUCGCAGUUCAGCCCCCAUCUACCUGAACGUCCUGUCCCCGGCCUCUUACCGAGGCUCCCCGGGCCCCGACCUGGACGACGUGUUUGGCCCCGUUGACAGCCCACGCACCAGCGAGGAGAUAGUGUCACCCAGAUGGGUCACUUUCCUUGAUGAGAGACCCCCGCCGCCAGAUGAACCCGCUCCGCCUCCGCCACCGGACUCUCCUCCCCCAGACACGCCCUCCUCCACCCCCUCCACCCCCUGCCUCUCUCCCGGACCGCCACCAAACGAGCCCCCGCCUUCGCCUCCACCUUUUUCUCCUGGGUCUCCUCCUCCUUUCUCGCCACCGGACUCUCCCCCCUCCAUUGUGCUCGGACCUCCUCCUCCGGAUGAGCCGGCCCCUCCACUGCCUCCUGACUUCUCUCCCUCUAAUUCGCCCCCGAUCUGCCUCGACGACGAAGCGAUCGAUGAAGAGGUGCUGCAGUUUGCAGAGUACUGUUCCUCUCCCGUCCCCAUCAGCCCCGUGCCCCCUCUGCCAGCGGAGCGGAGGUCCCCUCGGCCAGGAGUCAUUUCUCCCCUGGUCCUGGGGGGUGCAGGAGGAAAGAGGACUCCAGAGGGUGCGUACCUGAGAGAUGAUAUCCCAGACUUCGUGGGCUCGCCCAGAGAGUUGACACCGAGCUUCAGGGGAACGCCACCUCCUCUCCCGCCAACCACCUACAGGUCUAUUAUGUCUUCCCCGGGGCCCUAUUCAGGCAGCAGCCCCUCGUCUCCAGCUCGUCCUGCCACGCCUCAGUCUCGAGGCAGCCCUGUCCCUCCGCCUCCUCCUCCUCGACCGUCCUCGCGACCAAAGCUGCCUCCUGGGAAACCAAUCACAGACCUGACUCGGCCGUUCAGUCCGCCAGUUUCAGGCAGCCCCCCGCCUUUCGCCCCCCUGGCCCGGGCAGAGAGCUCUUCCUCCAUCUCCUCCAUUACCUCGCAGAGUGCAGCGUCCACUCCAACUUUAGGGAGGGACCUUAACCUGGCCACCACAGGAUGCUCCAGAGGACCCAGUCCCCUCACCAUGGGUCCCCAGGACACUCUACCAGUGGCAGCUGCCUUCACAGAAACCAUCAAUGCCUACUUUAAAGGCGCUGAUCCCAGCAAAUGUGUUGUGAGGAUCACAGGGGAGAUGGUGCUGUCCUUCCCUGCAGGCAUAACCAGGCAUUUUGCAAGCCACCCGUCUCAACCCAUCCUCACCUUUAGCAUCAGCAAUUUCAGCCGACUGGAGCAGGUCCUCCCCAAUCCACAGCUGCUGUGCUGUGAUUCCACAACAGACAGUGUAGACACCAAGGAGUUCUGGGUAAAUAUGCCAAACUUGAUGAGCCAUCUGAGGAAAGUGGCUGAACAGAAGCCUCAGGCAACAUACUACAACGUGGAUAUGAUCAAAUAUCAGGUGUCAGCAGAGGGGAUCCAGUCCACUCCUCUGAACCUGGCAGUGAGCUGGCGAGGUGACGCCACCAACACGGACCUUAGAAUAGACUACAAAUACAACAUCGAGGCCAUGGCCGCCCCUGUGCCACUACACAACAUCAACUUCCUGGUACCUGUGGACGGAGGCAUAGCCAAACUCCAGGCCAUGAUCCCACCUGCCACCUGGAAUCCAGAGCAGCAGACGAUACAAUGGAAGAUUCCCAGCCUCUCUCACAGAUCUGAAAAUGGAGGAGUAGGGGCUCUGCUGGGCCGGUUCCAGAUGACAGAAGGUCCCUGUAAACCCUCCCAGCUGGCAGUCCAGUUUACCAGUGAGGGAAGCACACUGUCAGGGUGCGACAUCCAGCUGGUUGGCACUGGCUAUCGGCUAUCGCUGGUCAAGAAGAGAUUUGCUGCAGGGAAAUAUUUAGCAGAUAAUUAGUGGACCUGUUUGUGAAGGGAAUCAAGAGAAUCAGUGGCUUUUGACUGUGAAGACAAUGGAUCCAUCCCAUGCUACGUGCAUUUGAAACUCUCUCUUUAGCAUCCAUUAGAAUUAAUGGUUGAGAUUAAACAGAAUAAGAGACCAUAACACACACACACAGGAUAUUUGAAUUUAUAACAUCAUAUUCAGUAGUCGGACUGCUGCUGAGUUUAUGCAAGGUAAUACAAUUAAUUAGUUUUGUGCAAUUGGAAAACUUAUGGGCUUACAUGGAGUAAAAUAUAGGAAAACCCUGAUUCUUUGUUCUUGUUAACAUAUUUGUGGAUUCAUACAGUGAUCCAGCCUUAUUCAUUUCAGUUUCUUUUGUCUAACUGGUUGUCAUUGCAAAUGCACUGUAAAAGAUAAUGUGAAUAGAUUAUAUAAUAUUAGAACAAUCUUAAACAAGGUGGAAAAGAAUGGAAAAUGUAAAAAAAAAAAGGAAAAAAAAGAUAAAGUGCAGUAUAGGAUUGCUUUGCAUUUGUAUUCUAAUAAGUUAUAGAUUACAUGGUAAUAUCUGAUUUACACUGCCAUCUCAAAUCAGAUUUUUUUUUCUCCACCAUGUGUGGCCAAUCUUUAUUGUCGUCUGAGCAGAAUUUGUGUUUCUGUUUAGAUGAGCCUUGGACAUGUCACAGCCCAUUCUAUCAGUCUCGAUUGGUUGGUUCACAGUUCAAAAUGACCUGCAGCACUGGACUAACAUCAGCACACUUAAUCUGAAGGUGCUUUUCGAGUGGAAUUAUAUCUGUGCCUGAAUCCUGAUUGCAUGAUGGGACAUUUUGAGCGAAGGAAAAUGUUGUUUGCAAGCACAUAAAUUACAUUUUGUAAAUAAAUUGUCAUCAUGGAAAGAUUUGAUUUGAGCAAACAAAACUAUUCAGUGCUCGAUUAAGAUGCUAGUUUAUUAUCUCCACAUUGAACGCUUAAACUUUGCAGCCCAUGGCAGGCAGCGGUUUUCAGCAAAAAGGUUGUAAUAAACCUACUGUACUCUACCUGCCCAUCACUAAACAGCAGACAAAGUUAACAACUACCUGGUGAACAUAGUGCAGCAUUUGCCUGCUAAAGAGUCGCAUAUAUUUCCCUCCAAAAACCAAAAACAGAGAGAAUUACAAUUACAGUUUUAUGAAUUACAAUGAUGAUUAUAAAACUGUGGCUAUGUACUUUGACAAUUAAGAAGGUAGCUUAGUUAGCUACCGCAGAAAUUAGCUAGCAUCCUGGCUAAUCGGCAAGCUAACAGAGAACUAACUAACUUUCAAACAGAAUUUGAAAACAUUUUUAUGAAACUAUGUACCCAACACAGUAGAAAACAAUGAUGUGUGGCUGUGGUGUUUACCAGUCUCGGUAUUUCCCUUCUUUCCUGCUAACCGAUAAUUUUCCUCGCACUCGGACUGGAGACAAAAAAACUUAAUGUUCUUAUGUAGCUAAUAGCUAACAUACAAAUUAAUUUAUUGAGCACACAAUACAUUUUUGUUUGCUCAAAUUAAAGUAUUAGUCCUUGUGAUAAUUUCUCAACAAAAUAUAUUUUAUGUGCUGGAAAACACCUUUUUCUGUGCUCAGGAUUGAAGUACAUUUAUAUUGCCAUGCUUCCACACAUGCAGCCAUUAACACCACCUCUGAUGGCAUUUUGCCAUUAACGGGUCAUGUGAACACAGAGCCGAUACCGGCAGUAAAUCAGUCAUGGCAGUUUGACCUGCUGAAGAACAAAAGCAUUACACUGUGGGCAAGUGCAAUGCUGACAUACAUCAAAUUUCUCCCAUCACAGGACUUUGGUAUUUGUGGUGGGUCAGGUUUCACAACAAUAAGGCGAUACUUGUGUGAAUAACAGAAGCUGCUACUUUCACUGGAAUAGUUUGGGUAAAUUAUUCUGUUAAAUGUUACAGAAUGUGUGUUUGAAAGGGCCUUAAGAUGUUAUAUACAUGCGGAGCCAGAUGUGAGUGCCAUACCAAGGUGAAAAGGAGCUUUAAGUUUCAGGAGAAAUACAGAGGGACCUGGGCUGACGAUUGUAGGAGUUGCCUUCGAUGCUGCUUAAAAACUUGGCCAGUUCCUAUGACUGUGAUCUUUGAUAGAGGUCUUGACGAGGAUUAUUGGGGACAUCUCAGUGUAAUCAAAAGAAAUGUCUAUCAAGAAAACGGCACUAUUCAUGUCCCUGUGUUAUUUUCCUCCUUUUCCACCGUGUUGAAUAAAUGUUUUAUCAUUUUCUAAUAGCAAUAUUUAAAAACUUAAGUGUAAAAAGUGUACAUAAAAAGCUAUGUUUCAAAUAUUUCUCUGGGCAUAUGGAUGUGUCUGUGAUUGUCUCUUGGUUAAUUGAUGUCAGCACUCAUAAUGCAUUAGGUUCUAUGUAACAACACAAACACUCUCCUCAUCUAUUGUUUUACAUGUGGGUUUCUUGUACAAAAAAAAAAAAAAUAUUACUGUUGACUAAUAACUCCAAAUGGUGCCGCAUGAAAUCUGCAUUUGUCCAUCACCAGUCUUAUCAAUGCAAUACCAAUUAUCCAUUUCAAUAAGGUCAUGAUACGUGUUAUUGUGUAAUUGUGCAAUGAGAGGAGACUUUUUGCCUUCACUUAAACCUCCACUCUCUGUUUUGCUGUCGAUGCACCUUCAAAAGCUCAUUGUCAAUAACUUUGGCAUGUGUUCAUUGAUAUUCCCAUUCCAUGCAUCUAAUAUUGGUGUUUGACAUUCUCCUGUGUUUGACCUGCACACAAAACACACCUUAAAUUUCAUUCAUAAAACAAUCCAUGGCUUCAUGUCAUAUGUACACAUGUUGAUAUGUGUUUGAUCAUCACAUUUUAUAGAAUGUUUUGAUGUGUUGACUCACAGUUUGGGCCUGGGUGUAAUAUUACAUUUAGUUCUUAGAAAAAGAAAAAAAAAAACACAUGGUUCUUUCAGUUAAUUGAGAGCGAAAAUUCACAGUGUUUCUGUUAACAAUGCUUAUAUUUUUCUUUGCCUUAUUUUUGAACAUACACUAAGUCCUCCAAUAUCAGAGGAUUUCUGUAAGUUUAUUUUUUCUACAACUUUUUGGCUGUAUUCCUUUCACUGUGUUAGACACAGAAUAUGCAAACAUUUCAUGUAAAUUUCCCAUCCAAAGAUUUUGAAAGUAAAUAUAUGAAAAAAAUCAAUAUAAUGUAAUACCUGUUUUACUUGGUAAUAAAGAAGAGGAAAUAUGAUA